CAAAGCGCAAAACAUAGGAUGCAAUCUCAGCCGUCCGUUUCAUCUUCUUCUUCUUUCGCAUCCCUUUCUCCGUCCUGCUUUUCUGCUAAAAUCAUGCGAACUUAAGAGAGAGAAAGAGAGAGUGUGAGUGAGUGAGUGAGUAAGAGAGAGAGAGAGAGAGAGAGAGAUUAUAUUAGAACUCUUCAAUAGCUCGAUUUGGAUUUUGCUGCUCAAUUCAUCACACAGAUAUUUUAAUGUCGAGGGAUGUCAAGUUUUCCCGUAGAGAUUCCGGCAAGCACGAUGAAAUCGAGAACGUACCUGAAAACCUCCAAGCUUCGUUUUUAUCCCAAACCAGCAACGAUUCAUCUUCUUCCUCUUCUCUAUCACGGGCUCCGCUAAACACGAUCCAGGAUCCGCUGAACAACACCAAACACGAAAAGGAGCCCCGGAGUAAGAUCGAUCGAACUCCGUCUAAGCCUAGAGCCAAGAACCCAGAUCCAGCAUUGCCCUUACGCACUCCCGAUAAGCACCGAUCGGCGGCAUUCUCUAAGAAUCGGUUUGGCUGGGGGGAUAAGUGCGAUUCCGUCACGAAUCCGAAUGUGGCAACUCCUAAAACCGGUAGAGCCGCCGGGAGAGCCUAUUCGGAGACCAAUUCGACGCAGAACACGCCUACUAAGAGCGUAUCUAAGCCGCCGGGAUCUUGUUACAGAGGGAAGCUCGAUGGCGGAGGAGCUCUUAAAGCUGGUGGCUAUGCCUCCUUGUACAAAGGGUUGUCUAGCUCUUCUGGGCAAGUCUCAGCUCCUGUCAAUACCGUUGAAGUCCCUCACUUUAACCUUAAGGAGGAUCCAUCGUUCUGGAUGGAUCACAACGUACAGAUUCUUAUACGUGUUCGACCGCUCAAUAGCAUGGAAAAGAGUAUAAAUGGGUACAGUAGGUGCUUAAAGCAGGAAAGCUCGCAAUGCGUAGCAUGGACUGGACAACCAGAAACACGGUUUCAGUUCGACCAUGUGGCUUGUGAGACAAUUGACCAGGACACCCUUUUUCGGGUUGCUGGUCUGCCCAUGGUGGAAAAUUGCUUGUCUGGCUACAACAGCUGUAUAUUUGCGUAUGGCCAGACAGGAAGUGGAAAAACAUAUACAAUGCUCGGGGAAGUCGGUGAUUUAGAAGUUAAACCAAGUCCCAACAGAGGAAUGAUGCCACGGAUAUUUGAAUUUUUAUUUGCAAGGAUACAAGCUGAGGAAGAGAGCAGAAGAGACGAGAGACUUAAAUACAAUUGCAAAUGCUCCUUUCUGGAGAUUUACAAUGAGCAGAUCACAGACCUUCUUGAACCGUCUUCAACAAAUUUGCAGCUUCGAGAGGACAUUAAGAGCGGUGUCUAUGUGGAAAAUCUCACUGAGUUUGAAGUAGAGAGUGUUCAAGACAUCUUAGGGCUUAUCACACAGGGUUCUUUGAAUCGAAAAGUUGGAGCCACAAAUAUGAACAGAGAGAGCAGCCGAUCACAUAGUGUAUUUACAUGCGUGAUCGAGAGCAGGUGGGAAAAAGACUCAACAACUAAUAUGCGUUUUGCAAGACUGAACCUGGUUGAUCUCGCUGGAUCAGAGAGGCAGAAAACUUCUGGCGCUGAGGGUGACCGCCUAAAAGAAGCUGCUAAUAUCAAUAAAUCAUUGUCCACACUAGGACAUGUCAUUAUGGUUCUUGUGGAUGUUGCAAAUGGUAAACCAAGGCAUAUCCCAUAUCGUGAUUCCAGGCUGACAUUUCUUCUUCAGGACUCAUUGGGUGGCAAUUCCAAAACAAUGAUCAUUGCUAAUGCUAGUCCAUCCGUCAGUUGUGCAGCAGAGACGCUAAACACUCUUAAAUUUGCUCAGAGAGCAAAGCUAAUCCAGAAUAAUGCUGUGGUCAACGAAGAUUUCAACGGGGAUGUCUUGGAACUACGCCGUCAAAUCCGACUUUUAAAGGAAGAGCUUUCCCUCCUCAAGCGCCAGAACACCUCGAGGGCAUUGUCAUUUGGAUCAGCAACAGCCAGCUUUUCAGAAUUCCAAGUCAAUUCUCCAGCAAGCGAAAUGCACGAGACAGGACAUCAGCAGGCUGGUAACUCGCUUGUGUAUGAAUCUAGAGGCUCUGUAAGGAUGUCUAGAAAGCAGUUGAAAUCUUUGGAAAUAACACUUGCUGGCUCAUUGAGAAGAGAGCAUGUGGCUGAUGCUUCAAUUAAGAAGCUUGAAGCUGAGAUUGAGCAACUAAACCGCUUGGUUCGACAAAGAGAGGAAGAUACCAGGAGCACAAAAAUGAUGCUCAGGUUUCGAGAAGACAAGAUACAGAGGCUAGAAUCACUUCUCGGCAAUCAUAUAUCUGCAGAUUCUUUUUUGCUGGAAGAGAAUAACGUGUUAUCAGAAGAGAUUCAGCUGCUUCAAGCUAAAAUUGAUAAAAAUCCUGAAUUGACUCGCUUUGCCCUGGAAAACAUCAGGCUUCUGGACCAACUUAGAAGAUUUCAAGAGUUCUAUGAGGAAGGUGAGAGAGAAAUUCUACUGGGGGAAGUUUCGAAUCUGCGAAACCAGAUCUUUCAAUUUCUUGAUGAAAGCUCCGACUGGCAAAAACAUAUUGAUGAGGGAACAGAGCCACAGGAUUUUGGGUUCUCCAUGGCGCAGGGUGCAUUACGGAUUAGCAAAGAAAAUGACUCUCUACAGGAGGAGUUACAAAAGACCUGUGACGAGCUUGACAAAUGCAGAAGUAACCUUGAUUCUUGCCUGGAAGAGAAUGCAAAGCUUAGUAGAGAAAUCCAUGAUCUACAGGCUAUGGCCAGCGAUAUCAGGGCUUCCAAACCGAAUGAUCAUAGCAUUGCGAUCGAAAACAAGGCACUGUUGGGAACUCAAAAUGUUCAGCAGCACGAAACACUUGCUGGUCAGCAGGUCAACCAUGUAGAAGAAAUCAUCAAACUGCAGCUUGAUUUGGAUGUCCUGAAAAUUAUACUCGAUGAGGAAAGAACACUACGUGGUGAUACGGAGGCACAGGCGGUUCGCUUGAAACGUGAUAUUGAAGAGUUGACGGACCAACUACUGACGUUGAGCAAGCAGCAAGAAAACGUAAACAGUGAGAUGGGGGAGACGAAGUCUGUAGUUGAAGCUCUCGAAUCCCAAAACAUUAUACUUAUCCAAGAAGCAGUAGAGUUGAGGAGAAUAAAGGAGAAUUAUAUUGAGCUUUUACAAAAGCAAGAGCUUGACAUCCCAGCAAUGAAGUCCAAACAGUGCGAUGAGUUCAAAGAUAAUCCUGCAGAGGACAAUGCAGUUGACACGAAGUUCAAGAAGAUGCAAGCAUCUCUUGAAAAAGCUAAGAGGUUGAACAUGUUGUUCAAGAGUGAUAUUGCUUCUAAGGCAUGUGGAGAUGAGGAAAUGGGUGAAGUUCAUAGGCAAGCUGAAGCUGCAACUGCCGAGGUGAUUGUCUGUUUGCAGAAUGAGCUCGAAGUACUCCAGGAGGAGGUCAAUGAUUUCCAAUCAAAAGAAAAGAUGACUGAAAAUCAGGUAAAGCUUUUGGAAACUCGGAUGGAGGAGCUGCAGGAUAACCUACGAGAUGUGACCAUGGAUAAUGAGCAACUGCAAGAAAAGCUCAGAGGCAAAGAAGUGGAACUACAGAUCAUAUCAAAUGAAAUGGAACUUCUAACAUCUGAGCUUGAAGAAAUUCUGCUGAAUGGGAAUGAAGACCUUACAGAUGCAUGUUACCAGGCUGAUCUACUUUCGGGUUCCUUUCCAGAUAAAAGGAUAUGGAUAUCUGAACAGGUUGGAGAGUUAAUAAGAACAAUUUCUGAGAGGGAAUUGAUGAUUGAAGAUCUUGAAAACUGUUUAGAGGAUGCGAAUAAAAAGCGAUGUGAUAUAGAAUCCAUGUUGAAGUCUCUAAGAGGGGCAGCACUAGUAAUGAGUGAAGCGCACCAGAGAGAGUACGAGGAAAAGGAGACACAAGUUCAGCUCUUGAGAUCACACUUGCGUUCAAAAACAGAGGUCAUAUCAAGGCUUCAAGAGAAGCUGAAGAUGGCUGAAAGUUGGAUUUAUGAAGCAUCACAUUGUGCAACAGCUUCUUUAGUAAUUGUCAACCGAUAUUCUGAGGUAACCGAAUCCCAUACUUUUAAGUUGAAGCAAAAGGAUCUCCGGAUUGAGGAAUCUUCUGGAACAAUUCUUUCUCUGAAGCAACAAGUACAAGAUUUGGAAGCAACCUGUGAGGAAUUUAGAAGUAAACUUCUAGAAGAAGAAAAGAAUGUUUCUGCUAUGGAACGAAAGCUUGAAGAAAUUGAGGAGACUGGUAUUUCGGCCAUGAAAGAGAAGCUUUCUGAGCUUAAGGGUGGCGUAUCUGGACUCAGAUCUUGCAUAAACAUGUGUCAGGAGCAUGAUAAAUACACUGAGGCAGAGAAUUCACUACGCUCUCCAUCCCACUGUAGUGAAGGACAGGAACCUGGAAGGAAUGUAUUUGUCUCCUCUUGCAUAGAGAAGACUCCAAACAACAAUCAUACGGAGUCCGUCAGAGUUAGCAGAGGUGAAGUGAUUAUACUGCUAAAGAAAGAGCUGGAAUGCGCUCUUGUAAGCUUAAAGGAGGUUCAAUUUGAGAUGUCCAAACUCCAGGAUGAGAAGGAAGAACUAAAGGCGUCUGAGGAAAGAAGCUUAAGCAACUUGAACGAUCUUGCUGCACAGUUUCGCAACCUUGAAACUGUGAUGAAUAACAUGGAAGAACAAUAUGAGCACAAGAUGGAAGGCACAGAUCAGAAACUUAAGGCAACUAUUUUACAGACUUUGGAGCAUGAAUUAGCUAAGAUGAAGAUUGAGGCUGACCAGGAAUAUGUAGAAAACUUGUGUGUUCUUAAGAAAUUUGAGGAGGCUCAAGGGCUUAUUAAAGAAGCAGAUAUCACAAUCACUGGGCUAAUACUAGCGAAUGAAAAAAUGAAAAUUGAUCUGGAAAAACAGAAGAAACGGGAAAUCAGUUUGGUUGGAGAGAGAAACGCCUUAGUUGACAAGCUGCAGGAGCUGGAAUCCAUAAAUGUCAAAGAAAAUGAGAAGUUUGAGAACCUUGAGAAGCUAUUCGAGUCAAGUUUGAUGGGAAUAGGAAAUCUUGUCGACGAGCUGGAAACUGUUGUCAGAAAACUACAAGAUGAAUCAUCCGAGGCCUUGACUGGCAUGAGCAAUGAUUUAUCUGAGUUAAAGUCCUGGGUGUCAGAAACGAAGUCAGUUAGAUUGUUCCUUGAGGAUAUCUGGUCAGAAAUAAUCAUGAAGGAUUGUGCUCUCUCAGUUCUACACCUUUGCCAUACGGGGAUUUUGUUAGAAACUGUUACAGGGAUCAAUAACGAAAAUAGUCUGCUUCAACGUGGUCUGCGUAAAUCAAACUCUUCCAUAGCCGGACUAAGAGAGAACAAUCUAAGGUUAAGAAGUGAACUUGAAAUGUUUACAACUCUUAAGGGUAAACUAUUAGCUGAUCUAAAGAAUGGUUUUGAGAGGAUUUCAAGAAAUGAAGAAGCAGGUAAUCUGCUUACUACCAAAUUAAGCGAUUUUGAGCAGAAAAUUUCAGGGUUACAGUACCAGGAGGAGCUGAUGUUGCAAAGAUCUGACAGCAUUGGGUCUCAGCUCGAUAUUUUGAUGAAAGAAAUAGAUUCGAGCAACGUGCACCUUGCAGAAACUCUGUUGGAGCAAGAGCUGCAUCUGAGUCAGAAGGAUGAAUUCUUUGAAACUGAAGUUCAGCUUUAUUUAGUGGAUGUCUUGUCGAAGGAUGUGGAGUCGUUUGUUCUGGCGCUAAAAGUAGAAGAAUAUUCUUCUUGUCUCGCAGAUGUGGAUAGAGAGCUUCUUGAUCAUCAUGCCAUCGUUGAGGAUCUUAAAGAGAAAUUGUUUGUUUCCCAGGUGGAGAGUGAGCUCAAAGACGUCUGUCUGGUUGAUAACAACCUGGAGACCGUUUCGAUGAAACAAAAUCUGACUGAAGCACAAAGAAAAAUCAAGGUUCUCUCAUCGGAUCUUAAUCACAAUGUGCAAACAAUCGCCGAAAUGGAUGAAGUAAACAAGGUUUCUGGAGAAAGAGUCUGCUUCUUGGAGUCUUGCGUUGCUGCCCUACAGCAAGAUUUGGCAAUGAAAGCUUCUGAACUUUACAGUCUCGAACAUUCCCAGUCAGUCGCCGCAGAAGAAUUGGAUAUCAAAGAAAGGGAUAUGCAAGUUUAUGCUAACGCUGUCAGUGCGUUGAAGAAUGAAAACAUCUCCCUUAAGCACAAGUUUAUACAUUUUGGUGAAGAUCAAUCUAAAGCAUUAGAUGUCACGAGCGUAAGCAUUGCCAACUGCAUACAACUAACCAGGGAUGGUCUGGUUAUCUCUGAUAAAGUUUUCGAACUGAUUUGUGAGAACGCCAAGAAGGCUUCGAAGUUCGCAGAUACUGUUCAAUCUUUGGAGAUUGAUGUACAAGACUUGCUGUCUGAGAAUCUGAAGCUCCAGGAUGAGCUUUUGAGAAAGGAUGAUGUUCUAAAUGGGUUGUCUUUUGACCUCAGCCUACUACAAGAAUCUGCUUCCAAUUCCAGAGACAAGAAAGAUGAAACAAAGGAAAUCAUGGUUCAUGUUGAAGCUUUAGAAAAGACUCUAGCUUUGAAAACCUUUGAACUAGAAGAUGUUGAAGUUCGGCUGCAAGACAGCAAAGAAAUGAUCUGCAACCUUGAAGCGGAGACUGAAAAGGUAAGGCAGUGCCAAAAAAAGUUGACAGCAGAAAAUGAAGAAAUUAAAGCAGAAGCUGAAGAUCUCUUGGCAGAAAAACACUCUCUAGAGGAGGAGCUGAUCCAGACAAAAAAGGUAUCGGAGAGCAUGGAGAUGGAGCUCCUUAAUCUGAGAAAUGCUCUCGGACAAUUGAAUGAUACAGUUGAGUUUACCCAGAGCAAAUUAAAUGAAACCAUCGAUGACAGGGAUAAUCUCCAAGAUGAGGCUUUGUAUCUGAAAGAAGAAUUGGGGAAGAUGAAAGCUGAGGCUAGAGACAUUGAAGUUAGGUACAUAGAAGCUCAAGAGAUUGCUGAAUCAAGAAAGAUGUAUGCCGAUCAGAGAGAAGAAGAAGUGAAGCUAUUAGAGGGAUCAGUUGAGAAGCUUGAGUAUACCAUCAAUGUACUUGAAAAUAAGGUUAACGUUAUAAAAGGUGAAGCUGAAAGACAGCGCCUGCAAAGGGAGGAGCUGGAGAUGGAGCUUCAUACCAUACGCCAGCAGAUGGAAAGUACUAGAAAUUCUGAUGGGGAAAUUAAAAGAAUCUUAGAUGAAAAGAAUAUGGAUCUUGAGGUAGCUCAGAAGCAUAUGGAAGCGCUUAAGAGAAGUACGGCUGACCAAAAGACCGAGAUUUCUCAACUCAGCGCGCAUAUCUCGGAAUUAAAUUUGCAUGCAGAGGCUCAGGCUAGAGAAUACAUGCAAAAGUUCAAGGAGCUGGAGGCAAUGGCUGAGCAAGUAAAGCCAGAAAUUCAUGUUUCUCAAGCUAUGGAAUCUUCAUUGAGUAAAGGUUCGGGGAAGCCUCGGGGUUCUGGCUCUCCUUUCAGGUGCAUAGGGUUGGGAAUCGCACAACAAAUGAGAUCUGAGAAGGAUGAGGAGCUUUCUGCUGCAAGGCUACGAAUCGAGGAGCUUGAAGCUGUAGUUGCAACCCGGCAGAAAGAGAUAUUUCUAUUGAAUUCAAAACUGGCCAAGGUGGAUAGCAUGACCCAUGAUCUUAAUCGAGUUAUGCUGGGACUCAAACAGAAUUGUACAUCAUUAAUGGAUAGUCAGCAAGUACUGAUGAUAGCAGAGAUGCUUCAACUGAAUAGUUCAGAUUCACGAGAAAUGGAUUUUGAAGUCUCUCAGCUCAAGCGGCAACUCAAUGUAUAUAAUGAGGAAAGGCAAGGGUGGAUAGAGGAGAUCGAAGGAAAGCAGACUGAUUUAGUUACUGCGCAGAUAGAACUCGAAGAACAUAGGCAGCAUGAGCAACUGCUCAAGAAAGAAAACGAAUUCCUGAAGAAGGAGAAUGUAAGUCAUAAAAGAAAAGUAAUGGAACUUGAAGGAGAAGUGAAGAAGCUAUCGUCCCAGCAAAACCCCGAGUGGAGAACUCGUGAUCAUGGUAGAAUCAAGGCAAGAAGAAAUCUCAAACUUUCAUACACUUUCUGUAUUUUCUUUAAUCACUUAUUUCGUACUGAUUACCCUUUUCUCUCUCGUCAUAUCCAACAGGAAGAAAACAAUGUGUUGAAACUUCAGCUUGAUGAGCUCAAUCUGAAGUUACGACGAGCGGAUGUGAACAUAUCUCGUGCCAAAGAAGAGCUUGCCUGGUACCGAGCAUCUUCAGGAAAGAACCAACAUUCAAACUUUGACAAGAUGCAUCAUUUGAGUACCAAACUGAAGGAAACCGAAGAGGAUAGAAUGCAGCUGGGUAAGAAGCUGUUACGUCUCUCCACCAGUAUCUUAAAGGCAGCAGGUGUAACAGGAGAAGAUAUCACAGACAUAAACCCUGAAGUUGCUGAAGAGGCACUUGAACAGCUCAAGACAAAAGUUGGUUCACUUGAACGUGAACUACACCACAUUAGAUUAAAGGGAAAAACAAAGAGCAGAAGAAGUAGAAAUCCUGAAAGGACGAUACCUUCAAUGACCUCACCUCGAAGAUCAUGGAGCCAGAGUCCAAGAAAGAUGUCUCAGGCUCCUUUUUUCACUUCUUUAGACAGGUGAAGGAACGAUUUGUUUAUAUGAGGAAAGAAACAAUCAGUCUGUGUAGAUCCAUGAAUGUUUCUAAUGUAAUUGUUAUACUUGAUUUUGUAAAUCAUAAUUAAGGGUUUCCACAGCAUUUCUCUCAUCCCAAACACAUAAUGCAUUAACCAAAUGAAAGAAUAAAUUAGAAUAUCGAAACCAAAUAGGAAAAGGAUAAGAGUAAUUGAUUAAAAGACUAUUUUGAAGGGAAAAAAAGGAAAGAGUUACUGUAUAUUAAAGUGAUAAAGGAAAACCUAAACAUACAGGCACUUUCUUCUUCCUGAAAGAGAUCAGGAUCACGAUGUUGGACCUUCAGAGGAUUUGGUAGAGGAGAUACUCUGUCUUGUUCCGGCCAUAUCUGAAUCGCUUACAAUAUACUUGCAAGCAAUGGAGGCGGUUAUUCAGCGAUAGCAGAUUCGCAAGAAAGCAUGUGGAGAAAGCCGCACAAGCACAGCAGUUUCUUGUUCUCAUGUCUGCUUUAGAGUUUGCUUGAUGAGCGUCAAUCUCCAUGGAAGUCCAUCUGAAAAUUCCACUGGUGAACUUAGCCUAGUCGACCCUCGUACACAUGGACAUGCUUGAUUUCUCAAAUUUAUUCAUUCUUGUGCGGGCUGGUGUUCUUUUACGUGCCAAUAUACACAGUUGGCCACUCUUGGUAUCCCUGAGAAUUAUCUUGAAAGGAAAAGCUUGGAAAAAACAUGACAAUGAGGAAUGUGGUUAGGUAAUGAUGAGCUUUCUUGAGUUUAUAGUUUUUAUCACAAUCUCUUAGGCCAUAUAUAGAGUUGUUUACUUAUCUUCUCUCUUUUUUCU